AUGGUGAUCAGCACGGUGGUGGAUUGUGAUUGUUAUGAUGGUGGUAAGAACGGUGGUGGUAGUCUUGAUGGUGAUGAGCACGGUGGUGGUGAUAGUCAUGUUGGUGAUGAGGACGGUGGUGGUGUUGGUCAUGAUGGUGAUAUGCAAGUUGUGACAAGCAGGGUGAUGGGUGGAGGUGGUAAUGAUUGUGAUAAGCACGGUGGUGGUGGUUGUCAUGAUAUCGAUAAGCACGGUGGGGUUGUUGUCAUGGAGGUGAUAAGCACGGUGGUGGUGUUGGAGCUGAUGAUGCUGAUGAGCACGGUGAUGAAUGGUGAUGGUCAAAAUGGUGAUAAGCUCGGUUAUGGUGGUGGUAAUGAUGGUGAUAAGCAGGGUUGGGGUGGUCAUAAUGAUGAUGAUGUUCAUGGUAGUUAG